UGAGGUGGGGGAUGCGCUAGGCGGGAUGGGGUUAGCGCGGUAGGAACACAAUCAAAGGAGCGACAGCAUACAAUAACCUGUUCCUUCCUACCUUAGGCGGCUGACUACUAUAAAUACAACCGACUGUCGAAGGUGAACAGCAAACAUGGCGGCAUCGGAUUAUUCCCAUCCCGAAUCGCUGGGAGUCCUGCUAGCGAUGGUGAACCAGACGCUCAUUGAGACGGGAAGGUUUUUCCGAUCGAAUGGCUCAUUGCAAUCCCGGGCACAGCUGAAGCGAACGCUCCCUGCUGCCCGUGACCAGUUUCAUGACGCGCUCGACCAGCUGUCGGAGCAGAUCUUUAUUGCCAAAACUUUCUUAGAAAGGGAUUAUGAAACAAUACAGGCUAGGAAAGCUACCCCCAAACCCACUAGCGAAGAUGUGGUGAUGGAGGAGAAGACAGAGGAGAGACCUCCGCCCGAGACAGACGUACAGCCACAGUCUGCUCAUCUGGGACUCUCGACGGAAACCGAGGGGCUGGAAAUUAAAGCGGCCGAGGAGCCAGAGACAACCGACAAACCCACUGAGGAGAAUCUUUCAGAUGCUCCAGGGCUCUCUUCUGGAAACCUCGAGAAAGCAGAGGGGAUGCCAUCUACCGAGGGCGCAUCUUUUGCGGCGGCGGCAGCCGGCAAUGAAGAGAUCAGCUUUGACUCGAUGCUCGCCGACACGACGGGGGAGCCCAACGAGUUCGACCUGCAUCUGGACUUUGGUAACGACGAGGUGGGCAACCAGAAUUUCCUGGCUGGAUCCAGCUUCAAUAUGGGUGCAGGGACGCAAGAUGUGACUGGCAUGGAGGAAAGUACCAAUGAUGCCGGUGAUAUUAAUGACAAUAAUCGUCAGCAGGGGGGCGAGGACCAUCUUAUGAUGCAUACCCUGGACGGAGGGCCGAUGAACCUCGACUUGCCGGUGUCUCAGGGUGAGGGCCAGGGUUCCAGCGAGGAUGGAAUUGCCCCGGGCGAGUCAAGUUUCGAGGAUCUCUUCCUAGAGGCAGACGGUUUUGGGGACGACGGACUUGGGGAACACGGUUUACUGGAAGGAGACGGGAUGAUGAAUGUGAAUGAGCUGGAUGAUAAUUGGUUUACUUAGUCCUCUUGCCCGCAGAUUAAGAUAUUGAUUUACUUGAAACCUGGUCAGUAUAUGUAUACUUUAUAAUUAUCUCUACUAUAUCAUGAGCUUCUUUGCUCUCCCCUGCCCUCUUGUUACUAUACCUCUAUUCACCCCCUUUCUACUAAAG